GGCGUUCGCGCGUCCCCAAAUGGCGACGGCGCGACGGCCGCCUUCGACGUUCGAUUUCUACGCCGGACGUGGCGCCUGCUGCGGAUACUGAAGGCGUACCCCGCCCUCCUACUGAUCGUGCUGUCGGUGGUGAAUGAGUUCGUCAAUUCGAAAGUUGGACUGGUUACAGGCAACUUCUACAGGAUUUUCGUUUCAGGCCAGAAAGGGGAAUUCUGGACCAUUUGGCUACAGAGCGCAGGAAUUUUUCUGGCAAAGGCUGCCAUCCAAUCAACAAUGGACUGGCUAGCUGAGUUUUUGGCCCUUCGGUGGCGGACAACCCUCUCUCACAAACUGCAGGAACAAUACUGCCAUGAUGAUAAUUUCUACUGGCUGCAGUCCAUUGACAAUCCAGACCAGCGCAUUGCCCAAGAUCUGCAUGCCCUUUGCACAUCCUUGGGCCUCAUCGCCAAAAAGUUGGCAGCAGCCCCGUUCAGUGUUGUCUGGUACAGUUGGCUCACUUACAGAGCGACCAAGUCGUGGCGGGUGGUUGCAGCAACAUAUGUAUCCUUUGUGGUCGGCUUUGUCAUACUCAGAUUUGCAAUCUCCUCCAUCGCUGCACUGGUGUACACUCAAGAACGGCUGGAGGGCGAUUAUCGAGCUGCGCUGCUAAGGCUGCGGAUUCAGGGCAUGGAGAUUGCUGCGAGUAAAGGGGGACCAACGGAGCUCCAGUAUUUGGAACAGAAACUGCAGAAAGUCUUGAAGAAGCAGGGGCAGGUUGUCAGCAGGAGAUGGCUGCUUGACCUGUUGACUAAGUUGCAGGACUACUGGGGAUCCCUGCUGAACUUCACGUGUGUUGCUGUGGUGGUGUUUUCAGGCAGGGGCGCUGACGGCACACCUGACGAGACUGCUGAGUUCGUCUCCAACAUCUCUUUCUACCUUCUUGCUCUCAUCAACAGCCUGAGUCAAGUGCUGGACACUUCUUCACUGAUGUCCAACCUUGCUGGCCUUGUGCCGAGGGCUGCACAAGUGAUGGAGGAGCUGGGAAGCAGGGACCACGCUUUUGCAAAUGCACCUGAUGGCCACCACGGCGACAAGGGUAGCAUGAUGCCGAGGAAGAGCGUAAAUGUUCCGGAGCAUGCCGAAUUUGCAAUGGACAGCCCUUCCUUCCGAGUUAGGAAUCUGUCUUGCAACACGCCUGCUGGUGAGCCAGUGGUGAGCAACCUCAGCUUCUGUCUGACGGAAGGCGAGAGCCUGUUGGUGGUGGGGUCCUCGGGCUGUGGCAAGAGCACGUUGAUGGCGUGCCUGCAGGGCCUGCACCCGCGGGAUGCUGGAUGUGUGGAGAGCCCAGCAGACAUGUUCCUUCCGCAGCGUCCUCUUGCGGGACCGGGUCUGACCUUGAUGGAACAGUUGACGUAUCCGGGCCAGGAUGCUCUCAGUGACGAGGAGAUCAGCGACUUGCUGAGGUUGGUGGGGCUCUGGGGCCGGAGCCGGAGGUGGCCCAAAGGAGAAUUGGAGCCCUUGAAGGAUUGGAGCCAAAUACUGUCGCCUGGAGAACUCCAGUGCAUAGGCAUUGCCAGGGUUCUACACCGCAGGCCUUCGGUUGUGAUACUUGACGAGUCCACCUCCUCCCUCCCGCCAGAUGUCGCCGUCGAGCUGUACAAGGUGCUGAAGGCGAGGGUGGGAAUCAUCAUCAGCGUCGGCCACCAAUCCGACCUGCGGGGUCUGCACGACUGGGUGCUGGAGGUGCAUGCGGAUGGGACUGGAUCCUGGGAGAUGCGCCGCCAGUCCGAGCGACAAUGUACGGGAGCCUGUCUUCUGCUAUGA